AUGGAAGGUGAUUCCAAAACCGUGCGGCUCGUCGUGCAACUUCAAACUUUGUAUCGUGCUCGACGUGCACGCCGUCAAGUUGCAGAGCUAGUCAAAUCUGCUUAUGUUGAAUAUUGGGAUCCUGUAAAUGGUCUGGCAUAUUACUACAACGUACACACAGGAAUAUCGUCUUGGGAGAAGCCAAUGCUUUUAGCAGCGCAAGACUCGACGAAUUUCGAAUUGCAAGCCCCAUUGAAAACGUUGAACAAUUCAGUGAAGUCAUGUGUCAAUUCAUUGUUACAAUUAAGAUUGGAAGAUCAAGAAAAACAGAGAGAAGAAUGUAGUACCUUUAAGAAAUUGUGCGACGACGAAAAGCAAGCACUAAUGCGUCGACAUCGUCGAAAGAUCGCUCGUGCUACGCAUCGAUUUAAUACGAAAAUAUUGGACGACAUGAAAAACGCUCGACAAGAGCGACAAGCGAAAUUGAAGAAUGAGAAUAUUCAGCUUUUACAAGACCUUUCGGAGGGUAGAACGAAAGAAAAUGUGCAAAGCGUUCGUGAGGCAUCGAUGCAGGGCAACUUAGAACGCGUCAAAAUGUUGUUAAACAUGGGCUUAAGUGCCAAUGCCGAAAGUGCGAUGGGGUUAACCCCACUGCUAGCUGCGUGCCAGGGCAAUCACGCUUCAGUUGUUCGCUUGCUGCUGCUAAGUGGAGCUUGUGUCAAUCAUGCACAUGUCAAAACUGGUCGGACGGCACUUAUGGAAGCUGCUAGUCGUGCCGAUGCCGCGGUUUUAAGAGAGCUUUUACGAUUCGGAGCUAACAUCGAUUUUAAAGAUAUGCGGGGCGAAACAGUAUUUGAUUAUCUCAAAGACACUGCGAACCGAAACCUUAUCGAAAGUGCAUGUCAACCCUGGUCAAUUGAGAACGCUUUAUUCCCAACAGAAUUUAGAAAAAUCUCUUUCACUUGUGCAUUAGUCAGAAAACGACAAUGGGCUAUGUACAAGCGUGAACGGGCAACGACACGCAUGGAGUUAUCUGAACUAAAACAAACUAUUCAACGUAAGUUAAUCGACGCCAAAGUUCGUUAUGAUCAAGACAUCCGAAAUAGUCGUUUUGAGCCUACGCUUUUGCGACGACUGAAGACGAUAGAAAAAGCUGAUGCACACUAUGAUGCCGAGCGUAGGACGUUGCUAAUGGCUACACAAGAUGCCGUUGAUCGACGUCGCGAAAAGGAACGACCUUGGUAUCUAUCAGACGUGGCGAUGCAAAACAUCCUGUCAUUUUGUUCAAGGCACUGGUUUCUACAGAAAUCAAAGCGAAUAUUAUCAUUGAACAAGAAAUCAGAAAAAUCUCGUAAUGGCACAUCGGUUGCGCCAAAGAAGCUUAGACCACCACCAGAUCAAAUUCCAGACGCUUUGGACGUCGAAUGGAUCUCCUUUGAGCGCUUUUUUCAGGAAUCGUGUAAUGAACUGCAAGCAUUAGCUGGCAGUGAAUUUUUUGACGCGAUAAAUAACAUUUCAAGAGACGCAAAUGGAAAUAGUCUCGCUACCCUCGAUAUCUGUGUCCAGCAGGGGAACAAUUUGCCAUACCGCGAUCCCAUUUUCAAGGACAUGAUUAAUCCUUACGUGCGCGUUUUCCUCCGGUCAGCCACGAUUGUAGAAAGAACUGAAGUCUAUCAAUCGGAUACGCAUAUCGCUGACUGUAACCCUGUAUGGAUGUAUCGCUGUCAAAUAAAAUCUGUGCCUUCAAUUCACAGAGAGCUCGGCAUUCAGAUUGUUGACGCAAAGCGAGGAGAGGUAGCGGGUGAGAUUUUCAUUCCAUUGCGCAAAUUUCUAGACCAGAAGGAUCAGAAUGAGUGGUAUGUAGUGCCUCCCACACUCCGACAGCAAAUACUUGAAAAGAAACCGCGCGAUCAACCAGCACGUAUUCAAGUUCUGGUACGAUUUACUCACACAAAGUCCAUGGUACUCACACGCGAGCUUCAAAAGCUUUCACAAACCCGCGAGAGUCUUGUUCAAAAGCGGCGUGACAUUAUACAGAGAGCACUAGAUCUUCGCCUUGACAAGUUGCCGUAA